UGCAAUCCAAAACAAACGUAAUGAUCCAGUGCUGCCUAUUAAUUAACUAUGGAACAAUCUUCGGCCAAAGGCACUGUAGCCGCUGCGAAAUCCAAGGCUUGCCUUGCAUGUCGGAACAAGCACAUCAAAUGCAAUGGCUUAGAUCCCUGCUCUUACUGCAUAGAGAGACAGCUUGACUGCGUAUACGUUGUGUCGCGUCGUGGGCACUACCCGCGCCGGCAAGGCCACUAUCUACGGGAUGGUACAAGGAAAGCUUACACGCCCGCCGACAGCUCAUCUCACUCUGCAACCACCGCGGAUAGCAUGAUAGCGUCUUCGUCACCGAGCUCCUCGGAUAGCCCUUCGAAUGCUUUCAAUGGUCUUCAGGGAAAUGAGGCGUCUAUCACUACCACAAAGUUGCCUCUCGGACCGCCAGCCGCUAUCAAGCCGUACGAAUGUGCUUCUUCGUGUCCCAUAAACAAGCUAGUUGACGGCGCCUUGGAAGCGUAUUACUAUUAUUGCUUUCCUGCACAUCCAUUUGUUCUACCCCGAGCUUAUGUGGCGCAUGUUGCUGCAAUGCCUUCCGGGGAUGCCCUCUUGGCUGCUAUGCGAUGGACUGGCUCGCUAUUCAUCAAAAUGAGCCCAGCCGCGCGUGAAAGCCUCUUCACUACGGCAUACGAUAGAGUUAGGGAUGCCUCAUUGCCCAGAAACGGCUAUCUGGCCCAGGCUAUGCUAGUUCUGGUAAUUGGCAUGGACGGCGUUUGCAAACGAGAUGCGGCCGCAGAGCUGCUCCAGAAGCUUGAAGACAUGGCCUUAGAAAUCGGUCUCCAUCGCCGUGAGUUUGCGGCUCGCCAUGGUAACGAACUUGCUGUUGUCGAGGAGAGUUGGCGAAGAACCUGGUGGGAGCUUUACACAGUUGACGCCAUGGUGGCUGGUGUUCAUCGAAAGACUACUUUUCCAUUAUAUGCUGUAGAUUCUGGAGUAGCGCUUCCUUGUGAGGAAGACGAAUACCUUACAGGAAAUAUCCCAGCGCCAUGCUUUCUCCAUGAGCUGGAGGACGAAGCGUUUUCCACAGACCAGCGCCAAUUUUCAUCGUUUGCAUAUCGUAUUCUCUGUGCAAAUAUUAUGGGUCAACUUAUUCAGCAACAACCUAUAUCAAAGCACGACCCAGAUACAGUACGUCGACUGGAGGCGGCUCUGACGAACUGGCAACUGCAUUUGCCCGAAUCCAAGCACAAUGCGAUCCAGCGUAACGGAAAAUCUGACGAAAUGAUCUUCCAGGCGCUCAUGAUGCAUCGUGCCAUGUCCGUUAUACUACACCAGCCUUUGUCGCAGUUGGACACCAGUGUUACAGAGACUAUCAAUUCUUGCGCAUCACCAGAGUACCUUCAAACACAAGCUAGCAAUAUCCCGUAUGACGCACACGCAGCGCACGCUAUUCACGCCGCGUCAGAAAUUAGUAACCUAGUUAUGCACAGCUCUACGAUGCUCCGUCAUAGUCACUUCUUUGCCUGUGUUGUGACGCUGUCCUCCAUCGUCCACUUCAGCAACUGGGCCAUCACGACUAGCUUUUUCGAAGAAUCUUCAAACACCGACAGCAAACAAAACAGCGCUGAUAUCCGUCAGUACAUUAAGCUUAAUAUUGGUGCCCUUCGUGCGCUGGCUCAAGUAUGGCCCGCUGCAAGCGGUGCUUGUCUCCAAAUCCAGUCUGUAGCUCAAGAGCUUCACAACAUGCGAAAAAAGGUUUUGCCUAGCAUGCAAAUACUAGAUGAGACAAUGGAUUUAAACUUUACACAAGCUUUAGCCCAGGAUGAUACGCUUUGGCAGAUGUGGAAUAGCCUUGGCUAAAUAAGCGUAGUGCGUCAUGAUGAGGCCACAGAAACUAGUAGAAUUGUUAUAUGAGAAACGCGUUUUAUAUUUCUAAGAUAGAAGAUUUGCUGUUAUAGGUUGGGUGCCUGAUCCUUUGCGUUAUCAACUGAAAAAGGCCAUAAGAUGUAUUCAAUCUUGUUUCCUUCUCGCAAGGUUAACGCUAUCUUAAGACAUCCUAUACCCACCAAUUAGCUUCUAGAUACCUUUGAUGUAUAGUCGAAUAAUGAACCAGUCAUACCUU